AUGAUUAACCUUCAAGUGCAUCAACUGCGAAGCCCCAGCGAAGUGGACCACUGCGAGUCCGGAAACCUGCUGAAAGAAAAGAGCUUAGAAUUUGUCCUAGUGAAAAAUAUAAAUCUUAGCAUAUACACAUAUGACAGGAACAGAAAAAAAAAUGAUCUUAUAUACGAGACAAAGCUAAAUGCACCAGUUGUGAAGCUCGUAAUAUUGAAGGGUGUCUUUGUGAGAAAAAAUAAGGAACGAAUAAGUGGCGUCCUGCUUGUAUACAAGGGUAUGCAUUUCAUCCUGUACAGAUUUAACCGUCACUUGAAUACCCUCGUUGUGGUGUUAAAGCACAGUUUUGUAAAGAAGGCAAAUUUUCAGCCUCUUUUUUACUCCUUGCCUUUGGCUGUUAAUUACCUGCACAGGUAUGACAAGGGGGGAGGCAGCGCCGCAGGGAGGAAAAUCCGCAUCGUCGGAAGGAAACCCAUCACGGGCAUCAACAGGAGAAGGAGAUUCAGAUUCUCUUCCAAACGAUUAAAAGGGUGUAUGCCUGGGUUGCACCCACGACUGCGACAAGGAGGGGGACUCUCCGGUGAAGAAGAAGUGCCCACGAAAAAGAGAAAGGGGAGAGGUAUAAGGAGGAAGGCAACUCUUGUUGGAGGAGACCACAGUGACCCCCCAAAAUGGGAUCUGAACUCACAAAACGUUGUUGACGACGAUGUGUAUGUGAACCUUUACGGUGAUAUGGACAGAGGUGGUGACAACGUGCAAGACCCUUUUUGGUUAGAUCGACCCUUUCCACAGGAGGACAUGAACAUUGGGAGUGCCCAUCAGCAGCCGUUCCGAAUUAUACAAAACGUACAGAUGAAAAGGAAGAAGCAAAGUUCGAACUUUUGUGAAUUUAUUAUUUCCUUCUCGAAUGACUUCAAAACAAUUUACAUCCUUUUCUACUCAUCGAGGAGAAGAAGGAAAAAAAAAAAUGGUCUGGACCCGACUUGUGCCGGAGAGGUGAAGACAACCUACUUUGGGAAGGGCCUCUACUUAUUUAACAUGGUCAAAGUUAGCCUGCAGGACCUUUAUAGGCACUUCAUUUUUAUUAAAAAGAUUUUCUUCCAUGGGGGGAACAUUCACGUCUUGUUGCAGAACGAACCGAUCAACGUGGGUAACGCCACGGUGGAAGAGCUGAACCUGAAGCUCCUAGUUCUACGACAAGAGGAUCACAAGUUUGACGCGAACAAGCUGAUGAAGGCAUUUCCAAACGAUACAAUAGACCUCCUGCGGGUGAAGGACUUGCUCAUAUGUCUUUGUCAGGACUACCUGUACGUUCUGAACAUACGCAAAAACCAAAGAGUAAUUUAUUUUUUUAAAAAAAGUUGCUACACGAAUGGGGUUCUUCAUUUGCAGAAGAAAGAAACUCUUUUUUGUGACUGCACAGAUUUGAAUGUGCGUUUUAAAGAGAGUAGUAGUAACAUGUGCCACAGGAAGGGGAAGCUUUUUAUCCUUACCCGGAGAUGUGUCCUGGAAGGGACUCUGUCGAGGGACCACAACAACUUGGUGAAGCUCAUAAAGUGGAGGAAGGUUUAUACGUUCAAGUAUGACUUAGCCAAGUCCUCUCUUUGUUUCUUUGGAGGCAGGGUCCAUUUCGUAUGCUGCUACAAUGGGCUGUGCGGCAGAGCCGACGUGGAUUUGCUCGUCAGGGGGCGUGGGGGGCGCAGUCUGGCAAGGCGUGUCAGAGGUGGGCGCGCGGGAGUGUCUUCGCGGAAGAGAAAGGCAGCCCUCCCGUCGUACCCAGCCAAGAGGGAGAAAUUGCUCAAAGGGGAGGAGCGUGCUGGGGGACACCCCACGGGGGAAUCGCCACGGGAUGUGGACGUAGCACACGAUGUGGACCUGGUGCCUGCCAGUGGGGAUUCCCCCAAUGCACCUCCCCCUGUUGCAACCCCGCGUGGAGACCCGGCGAGAGCGACCAGGAGGGUGCGGCCAAAUGACAACUUCCUAAUGGACCUCCUGAUCUACCUAAACAAAAACCCAAUGGUCAACGAACACACGAAAGGACUCAACCACACCAAGUAUGAUUACCUAUUUCAUAAAUAUAAAAAAAAAAUAAAAAUUCUCGAAGGUAAUUUUUCCUUAAUAAAUGCCCAGGGGGGAAUCGAGUACGUCCCUUCCCUGUUUAUACUUAAGAGGAGGAAGAACAGGAGAGAAAAAAUAAGAAGCUCUCUUGGGCUAGGAAAUGUGAGUCAUAAGAAAAUAAUAACCAUAGUGGACAAAAUACCAGCCAAGGGGAUGUUAACAGAUUUAAUUAAGUCCAAUGAAGAACCCAGCUUGGUAAACAGAAGCAGCUACUUCGCCCUUAUAGGGAAUAAAAAAUAUAGCAGUGUGCAAAAAAUUUUCUUUAGAGUUCCUUUCAGCACUUUGUUAAAUGUUUCCUUUGGAGGGGCGUGCACAAGGAGUGUGUGUGCCACUGAGGGGGGAACAAGGCAUCGAGCGGGUCAGUAUGUUAUGAUUAACCUUGAAGGAUGGACACGCCAGGAGGAGGCUGGUGAAGGUGGGCCUUAUAAUGAAGUGGGAGAUGGGAGAGGGUACGGUGAUCAAAAUAUUACCACUGAUGGGGGAGCAGCAGGCAAUGGACUCAUAAGGAGAAGCCUCCUCCUAUGCGUGGGCAACCUUAAUACAUGGGGACAGAAAAAAGGGACCAGGACAAAAAUGACUCUUCUGAAUGAGCACAAGGAAGGAUUAGUGGUUGAACCUACAACUAGUGGGUUGCAUGUUUCAGACGUGGGGGACAAGACUAGGGAAACUCUACUUAGCAACCAUCGCGCCAAAUUUAUUUACACGCUAAGGGGAGAGAGCGUGCAAGGGGAACCAUCUCACGAGGUGGUGGAGUUCCCUCCAACAGGAACAGCCAAGGCCAACACCUUUCGUGCUUUUUUCAGAUUCUACCCUUUUGUUCAUUACAGCAGGAGGGAUGUGAAGAGAUACCUGGAGAUGGUUUACAACCCUGGAGCGGAGCAUUCUCUUGAAGGGGGAAACGAAUGGGAUGACGAACAGGAGAGUCAACGGGACACCCCACCAGAUGCAGGCGAUAGUACCUGUUGCCACAAGCAAAAUCACAUCACAUUUGAGUUGAAACAAAAAUGCGCACAAUUUUUUUUAAUGGAGAGAAAAAAAAAUACACACUUGAAUAUGGAAGGGAAUUGCAUAGCGUUGUUACGGUUUAAGGGUUUACUAGUGCAGGUCUGCCGGGAGGAGAUCAACGUGUCUCUUUACUCCAACACGUGCAUGGUGCUUAGGAGGGUUUGUGUGCAGGACGCAGUGGUGGAAUGCAAGCUGGUGAGGAAGUUUUUAGUUCUGCGACACGAAAGCGGCAGCUGCUCUGUGUACACGUUCCACUUGGACGCAGUGACAAACUUGUUACAUCUGGUACAUGAAGUCACAUCCCUACUGAACAUGUGCGUUUUGCGCUGCCUAGAUGUGGAGAGUGGGGACGACGAAGAAAUUAACCUCCUCCGAUUUGCAACCUGUGUCAUGGAGAGAGCAGCACUGAAGGGGGGUCAAGAAGCAUCUUGCCCAUGGAAUUCCACCAACACAAUGGAGGAAAAUCUUCUCUCCCUCUUCCAAACCAACACGCCAGAUAUGUUUUGCGCCAUUUUGAACAGCAUGGGUGGUUCAGAAGUGGGAGAAAUACUCUCCUUGUACACCCGGUUGAACAACGUCCGCUGCAUCUCCACGGUUAAGAGCAAGGCCCAGAGUCUUCUCUCCUUCCUGAAUGACUCGAACUGCACGCUCCACAUUUUCCACCUCGAGAAGAAGCGCACAAUUUUUGUUAGUAACCCUUUGUUAGCCGUUCCCAAGUACGUGUACCACGCGAAAUGGGGGAAAGGUGGGAUAUGUGCGAACGGAGCGAAAGGAGAGGCGUCUGGGGGGGAAUUCCUCCUCGAGACGUACAAACUCGAAGAGGUAAUAAAUGUUCUCCUCUUCCCACUGGGCUCCAACUACAUCUUAAUCGUUUUCCUAACCGGGAGACCCAUCCUGAUAUACAAAAGUAUGCGCCAAGUGAAAAGCAUGAGCAGAUUGAAAUUCCAGGUGGUCACACACAGGUACACACAGCCGUUGCUCAGCAACGUGCAUUUUGUGAAGGACCCCAGUGGUGAAAACAUGCAAGUCGUUACCGCUUCGCGCGACAAGGCAGAAAUGAACAACGGUUUUGUCCUGUACAUAGAUGGAAGGAAGAGGGGACGGAAGAGCGGAAGGAAGAAGGCAAAGACAAAAGGGGACAAUGUUACACUUCAAACAAGUGAAAGAAAAAAAAAAAAAAAAAAAAAAAAAUUAUCAAAAUGUAUAGUAGGUUAUCCUCAUGUAAAUUUCUCCAAGGUGGACCUAAGUCACGUCAGUGGUGGUAAUCUGGAAGAGCAACUUUAUAAGAAGGUCCGGGCCUACAACGAGACCUUCCCCCCCCUACUGCUGUCCAAUUGUAGGGGCAAGCUAUUUGUUCACCGCUGCGAUGAGGAGGAACAAGUGGCAACGGAGGAGACACAACCCAAGAGUAUUAUAACGAUUGACCGUAAUGCGUUUCUCAGGGUUGACGCAAGGGGGAUUCGUAUCGUUAGUAUUGAGGAGGAGGAAAAAGUGUGUGCAGGUGGCCCACAUGGCGGCCAGGACAGCGGUCAUCACGAAUACCAAUUAAACCGCGACAUCGCGCGAGCGCUAAGUGAAGAUUGUCCCCCCCUGGAGGUGACCUGCCACCACAGCAACGUUGACAAGGUGCAAAUACACAACGAGGUGUUUCUUCUAAAAAGUCCCCUCCUCAGCAAAUUCUCCUUCAACGAUGACUUCAUCUCCAAGCUGUUUUUGUCCUACCCCUAUGUCUGCAAAAUAGCUGUGUCCCAGUUUGAGUACAUUCUGAAGAGGGGCCAAAAAAGGGGCCAAAAAGAAGACCCAAAAGAGGCAGAGAACAAGCCAACCGCAGAAAUGGAGGAAAAAACGGAGCAAGAAACGAAUCAGCCAACUGCACCUAACGAACAAAAGGAACCCCCCAACAGGGAAGACCCCACCGUACACAAAAUAACCCGCGGAAAAAUCAUCUGCGCCGUCGUUCGAGUCAAGUACAAUGAAUACCACUGCCUGAAGAAGCUACAAAAAAAAAGACUAACCAUGCAAAAGGACGAACUUCGAAAUAACGUGGCAUAUGCAGGGGAGGAAGAAGUUCAGUGCGUGCCAAAUGUGCACUUGCAGGACAGCAUUAACAAUCAGUACACGCACAAGAUGAAGGGGUUCCUCUGUACUAACGAUAAGGAGGAGGAGGACGGAGUCACAAGGAACGACGAAGAGCUUAUGCGGAAGAACAACCAACCCAUUUGCUCCGCAAAAACAAAUGCCAAGUUUAGUAAGUUACUUAUUUUACACGAGUGUGAUACAAAAAGGGUGUAUGGGUACUACACGUUUGAGCACAGUGAGGAAAUCCAUUGUGUUUCGUUCGGGUGUCUCCAUGGGAAGGAGCACAUUUACGUGAGCACUAGUUUGAAUAUUGGCGAGAGGGUCGAAACGCAGGGCAACAUUUACGUGUUUGAUUUAAGCGGAGUAUUCCCCCGCGUGGGCGACGAUCCCGUGAGGGACGCGAAGGAGGGAAAGGAAGCAGGAGAAGAAGGAGAAGCGUGCUCCCCCACUGGGAAGGGCAAAAAAGGGAAGCUGUCUGUAUACAUGAAGAAGACCUAUAACAGCUCAGUGACACAGAUUCACCCGUUCUACAUACACAGCGAGGGGUGCCCGAAUGGGGGGUUGGGUAGUGCCCUGCAGAGCAUCCUCCUCAGUCGUAGUGGAGACAUCAAGCAUUGUGCUAAGUACAGCGGACGAAGAGAGAAUGGGGAACUGCUUUCAGGAGAGGAGGAAGUGCGCAAUACGUAUGCUAGGAGCAUCGCGACAGGGAGGGCGAAUAGGAAAAGUAAAAAAAUUGACCCCAAUGUACACUGCAAUAUCGUUCACUGCAUUAACUCGAAGCUUUUUAUUCAUGAAGUGAAUGAAAAUGAUUUUACUAAAGGUGCCUUCUUGGACAAUAAUUUUUUCAUCACUGAUAUUAAGGUAGUAAAGAAUUUUUUUAUCGUAGCAGAUUUAUACAGGGGAAUAUUUAUUAACAUGUAUAAUUAUGAACACCAACACGAUAGCCGAAGCAUUAUCCCAAUAUCAACCCCUUUUUUUAGUUCCAAUUUAAACAUACUCUCUUGUCAGUACAUUGUGUUGGACUCACUCAUUUGUAUUAUCGCUGUGGAUGUCUUCAAUAACUUUUUAACUUUUUCAUUUCGCAAUUACCAAUCUGUGGACACUCUGUACAUUGUUAAUUUUUUUAAUUUUAGUAGAAGAAUACUUAAAUAUGUGAAUGCCGUUCAUCCAGGUCGGAGAUCAAACUCUGCUUUGUCCAUUUCGAACGACGGGUCUGUUCACUUAUUCCACCCACUGAGCAGUAAAUCUUUUGUUUUCUUCAAGGAGACCUACAACAUAGUUAGGAAGUCCCUCUUUCCCCACUUGGCACUGAAUGCGCAUGCAGAUUUGAGCCCAGAUGUCUUCACCCAAUCGGCCAGACUCAACCUCCACAAGAGGACAAACUCGUUUGGGAUCAAAAAUGUCCUCUUCGACGACAUGCUACGGCAACUCCCCUUUUACUCCGCCCAAGUCCUUCAAGAGUUAUUCUUCAAAAGGGCCAACCUGCUGGAGCACAUAACGAUAGGUGAGCUCCUAAUCGAGUUGAGUUGCUUGAACGAACGGUAA